AUGCUCAUAUCUGGAAUGCAAUUGAGGCAUUCGCUAACCCCUCGCUACUUUGCGGGUGUGUUUAACAAGCGAAAGCCUACGAAGAAAGAUCUUGAUCAUUACGAUGUUGUAAUUAUUGGGUGCAAUUUGGGAGGUGUGUUAAGCAGACAAUUAGACAAGGUCUCACAUGGAAAAUACAAGACCAUGGUAGUUUUGGAUUAGAAUAUCAAUUAAAUAACACCAAUCAGAUAGAUCUAUGAACAAUAGAAGACAGCAAAGACAGAUUUCUUAUUAAAUGCCAAAUUGUCACUUAACAUGUACACAGCUCAUUCAGAUUAAGUGGGAUCCCAAACGAUAUUGCCAGAAGAGAAUGCCAUCAUAUUGAGAAAUGGCAGACGUAUUAGUUACGGUCAAUUAGUUGUGGCUAUGGGCUAAUAAGUGAAUUAUGAUGCAAUCAAGGGAUUUGAAGAAGCUUGGUAAGAUUUUGAUUCUCCAGUGUUCACAAACCUCGAUCAUCCAAGUUGGAGAUCAUCCAAUCAUAACAUACACCAGAUGGCAUUACAAUUUCAAUCAUGUGGAGAAGUGGAAUCUUACAAUUUCCUAUUGAGUUAAAGAAUUUGGGAAUGGCAAACAGCAAAUGGCCGUCAAUCUCCAAUAAAGAGACUCACAAUUAUUUAACCAAAUGAGCGAUUCGUUUAGUAUAAUGAUGCAGGAGACUAAUUCUUCAAGGAAGAAAUCAAGCGCAGAAAUAUCAAUGUGGAAUAUGGUUUGAAAUUGGUUGAAGUGAAUAAGUAACAAAACACUGCCAUUUUUGAAGACAUCAAAACUGGUAGCAGAUAAACAAGACCAUUCAAUCAUUUGUAUGCAGUUGCACCCACCAAGCCUCAUGACUAAUUAGUUAAGGCUGGUCUCACCACAUCAAAGGGAUUGUUGGAUGUCAACAUCAAAACCUUAUAGCACAACAAAUAUAAGAACAUUUUCGGACUUGGUGAUGUGAAUGAUGUUCCUACAACAAAUUGUUUCUGGGCAGGGUUCCAUCAACUUCAUGUUGUUAGAAAUAAUAUAGAAAGAAACAUUGCAGGUAAGUCACUGAAUGCCGAAUACGAUGGAUACAGUAAGGUGCCAAUUUUGUUAGGUUAAAAUACCUUGACCUUCUUGUGUCACAAGUACAACAAUGAGAAUGCUUGGCACAACCUUUAUUUCUCAAAUGGAGGCUUCUUGGCUGCUUUGAGAUAUUAUAAUUGGUGCAAGAAUUUCAAGAAGGCAUUCAUAGAUAUCUACUUGGAAAAGAAUUGGGGACCUCCUUAUUACAAGAUCAAGAAGAGCUUCAAAUUGCCAGAAGGUGAAAGUAACGAUCAUGGAUUUUUGGCUAAGUUAUUACCAGGCAAGAAAGAGUCACAUUGAAAUAUAUAUACAAAUAAAUAUAUAAAAUAUUAAAAUCA